GAAGCCAGCCGGGGAGGGGCCCUUUGUCAGGGAGGAAUAUUGUUACUAUCUGCACCGCCGGCUCUGGAAUAAAACAUUUUCUUCUUCUUCUUUCCUUACAACAGCACAGCCCGGCUCGGCUCGGGACAUCCAGUUGCUUUCGGGAAAACAAAAGGGGGUGGAUGUUUUUUUUGUACCUCCUUGCACUGUUUUCCCCCCAUCCUAGUCCUACUGAUUUGACCUGUCUUCAGUAACCGGGUCCGGUGCCUCUCCCUCCUCCCCACUCCUGCCUUCUCCCCGGAUCACUCCUUCUUUACCCUCCGGAUCCCGCAACGCUGCAGAGCCGCAGAGAUGCCCAGCUCGCUGUUCGCAGACAGCGGCGUCCAGGGUGAUGCACUGGACGACCAGAGAGCCCUGCAGAUCGCCCUGGAUCAGCUCUCCCUGCUCGGCUUGGACAACGACGACAACCCGCUGUACGACAACCAGGAGCCCCGGAAGAAGAGCGUCAACAUGACCGAAUGCGUCCCGGUUCCCAGCUCCGAGCAUGUGGCUGAGAUUGUUGGCAGACAGGGUUGCAAGAUCAAAGCGCUGCGAGCCAAGACCAACACCUACAUAAAGACCCCCGUGCGAGGGGAGGAGCCCGUGUUUGUGGUGACGGGCCGGAGGGAGGAUGUGGCCAUGGCCAGGAGGGAAAUCAUCUCAGCCGCGGAGCACUUCUCCAUGAUCCGAGCCUCCAGGAACAAAAACACCAGCCCCACCGGGACUGGGACCCCAGUGCCAGGACCGCCUAACCUGCCCGGACAGACCACCAUCCAGGUGCGGGUGCCUUACCGUGUGGUGGGGCUAGUUGUAGGUCCCAAAGGGGCCACCAUCAAGCGCAUCCAGCAGCAGACACACACCUACAUCGUGACCCCCAGCCGGGACAAAGAGCCGGUGUUCGAGGUGACGGGGAUGCCGGAGAACGUGGACCGAGCCCGGGAGGAGAUCGAGGCGCACAUCGCCAUGAGGACCGGAGGCCUCAUCGAGGUGCAGGAUGAAAAUGACUUCCACGCCAACGGUACAGAUGUAGGUUUCGAUCUGCACGGGCACCCCACCGUGUGGUCCAAGCCGGGCGCCGGGGUGACCCCCUCCUCGGUGCGUAAGCCCUUCUCCAACUACCGCAACGACUCGUCCUCCUCCCUGGGCAGCGCCUCCACAGACUCCUACUACAACAGCUCCCGCAUGGCCGACUACAGCCCCCCCAGCCCUGCCCUCAGCUACACCAACAACAACAACGGCAACAACAAUAACAACAACAUCAACACUAACGGCAACGGCUUUGUUUACGGGAGUGACGUGAUCUCGCCGGACUGCACUGAUCUGACUUUUGACUCGUCUUCAGGGUUUGACUCUGCGCCCACCCCCCCGGGCCUCCAGUGGUCCCAGUACGAGAGCCGCAGGACCCCCUCCUCCCCUGGAGGCAGCUCCCCCACCUCCACCUCAGCCAUAUUCCCCGUCAACUCCUCCUCUAAUGCCAAUGGGAUCGUGGUGAGUCAGAGAAGGGUUAACGGUUGCACCCCCCAGCCCAGACUCUCCCCCCCCCUCCAUAGCCUCAGCGGGGGCCCCGGUGAGCACCCGUUAGCCAGGAGGGUGCGCAGUGACCCCGGCGGGGGCCCUCUCAGUUUCCCUGGUUAUUCCAAUACUGUGGCCACCCUGCCGGGCCCCCACCUGCCCGGGGUGUCCUGCGACUCCUCAGCCUCCUCCACCUCCUCCUCCUCCUCCACCUCCUCUGGCACCAGCCGAAAAGGCAGCCGCGACUGCUCGGUGUGCUUCGAGAGCGAGGUUAUCGCCGCCCUGGUCCCCUGUGGGCACAACCUCUUCUGUAUGGAAUGUGCCAAUCGUAUCUGUGAGAGGAACGAGCCGAAAUGCCCUGUCUGCCACACCGGCGUCACUCAGGCUAUACGUAUAUUUUCAUAAGAACUCUUUGGCCCUCGGGACAAGCUACAGUGAAACAGACUUUUCAUACUGCUUUAAUGGGACGGCCCAUCAUCAGAUAGGAUAGUGUACAUAGAUAUCCAGAUGUAAGCUGCAGUAUACAGGAGAAGGGACACCGUCUCAGUUGUUAAUAAAAUACUGUAGCUUUGGGAAAUAUUUUCAACAUCUAAGUGCAUGUUUUGAAUAUUACAGCAUAGUAAUCAAUAGUUCUAGUUAAUUGUACGCAAUAUUUAUGAAGUGAAAAGACAAUGGGUUCAGGGUGGAGGUACGUGGGUCAAACUGUAGACUGUAGGCCGGCUGAGCCCUCCGGUUAGCCAAUCGACUGUAACAAGGGGGGGCUGUGGCUGGGAAACAUGGGGGGCUUCCAGCCAAACAGGACUAUUGACCCACACAGAUACUGCAGCUGGAGGUCAGAACCACGUGAGCAGCGACAUAUCCUACAUAUAUAUGUACAGAAUCAAUUUCCAGUUGAAAGUUUUAAAUGACGUUAAUACAGAUUGAAGUAUUUUAUUCUUUUUUGACUUGAAAGAUUAUAUUUCUUAUUGCAAAGAUGUUUACAGAUAUUUUGAUUUAAGUUCAGUGAACUUUUUGUAGCUGGGUUAAAAUAUUGUUUAUUUUUUAGUAUGGCCUUAUGGCAUUGAUCACUGUAUUAUUUUAAUAUCACACGACUGUGGGAUGAAGUCCGGUCCACACAAUGUCUUUUUUGCAUUUGACAGUAUUCUGUUGGGAUGGAGUUUUUAUAGGUUCAGCAAAAAAAUGUCUCUUAAAUCUGCUUCACCCAGCAUAUUUUUUAUUCAGUAAUAUAAAGCAUAUUUUAUUCUAUAUUAUUAUGAAACAUUGAAAUGUACAAUACUUAGUAAGUUGAACAAAAAGAAACGGUUUAUGCUUUCUAAAAUUUGUAUGAAUUAGAUUCCAGUGGGAAUUACAGGCUUCUGUUGCACCACUAUAGUUUUAGUAUUUCUAUUUUAAUACAUUUGUUUACCACUUGUUUAUGUAUAUGUGGUGAAGUUACUUGAGCGUAAAUGUACUUUAUUGAGCAAAGUUUAAGAACAAAGUAUAUUUUAUUUUAUGAUAAAGGGCCUUUAACCUCAUGGUCAAAUACUAAUAUUAUAUUUGCUGAGACAAGAUUUGAAAAUGUAUCAAGAGUUUUAUUUUUCUGACAUUUAAAGUUAUACAUGAUAAAAAGUAAGACUUUUAAGUAAUGGUGCUACUUCAUGUUUUUUUUAAGUAUUUCUAUAUAAGUCCAAUAAAAAUGGUAUCUU